GAACAGUCCCAUCACCUAAAAUGGCGUCUUCAUCGUGGGUCUCUACUCGGGCACUUUUAACUCCCGCCAAAACCCCGACCUCCACCACACUUUUUCUCCCACGCCCCGCCUGCCUUAUCCUACACUCUACUCCUCACCCAUCCCUUUCUCUCUCUUCCCCAAAACUCUUCCUGAGCCCUCUUCCAGCUUCACCUCCGCAGAAAUACGUCUACCCUGAUCCUAUCCCUGAGUUCGCAGAAGCUGAGACCCAGAAGUUUAAAAGUGAGCUUUUCAAGAAGUUAUCUAAAGACAAAGACACAUUUGGUGAUGAUCUUGAUGCUGUCAUUGAGGUCUGCGUUGAGGUAUUUAACAAUUUCUUGCACAAAGAGUAUGGAGGACCCGGGACACUGUUGGUGGAACCUUUCACAGAUAUGUUUGUUGCUCUAAAGGAGAAGAAAUUACCUGGAGCACCUGUGGCUGCACGGGCAUCCUUGUUAUGGGCCCAAAAUUAUGUCGAUGAUGAUUGGGAGGUUUGGAACUCAAACUCACCCUAGUGAUUUCCUCAACAUAAUUCAUAACAUUUUUUCAAAUUAUCAUCAUGUUGUACUGUGGUAACUGAUCAAGUUUGGAAUUUGUAUAAAAUAGUUGAGUGAAAGACCUAAUUUCAUAUCAAAGUGUUUCUUGUAAUACAAUGUAGAAUCUGGUGCUCUUAUGAACUCAGAAGCUAUACAGAUGUUUUAUUUCUUGAAA